AUGUCAUUAAUCAAGUUUGUGACACAAUACUUAAUUAAGUCGUCACCAAAGCUACCACCGGAAAAAGUUCUUUGGAUAGCCGGAGGCCUUCAAGAUGGAAGUAUGAGUAUUAAGGUCAAAAAUUCGGGAGUUACUGUCGAUGAAUUGUUACAGUCUAAUCAUGAAGAAGCUGAUACCCGGCUUAUUUUUCACUUAGUGCAUAGUUCCACUGGGAGCCCCAUUGUUGUUAAGUCAGACGACACUGAUGUAUUGGUUUUAUUGAUCUAUUUCUAUUGGAAUGACAAAAAGUUAAAUGCAUCGGAAAUCUAUAUAGAAAAAGGUCACAACACUACAUCUACUAAUAAAAAACGAUUUGUUCCUAUUCACUUAAUUGCGCAGAACUUACAAAAGCCAAUUUCGGAUGGAUUACCAGCUUUCCACGCCAUAACCGGAUGUGAUACCACUAAUUCCUUCUUUAAAAUUAGAAAAAAAUCUGCCUGGCAAAUAUAUUUUCGGAACCACCAGCAAUUUCACCUGCACUCUUUUGGAAAAACCUCUAUUGAACAAGGUCUGGACUCUGCUAGAAAGUUUACUCCAUCCUUAUAUAGAAACGAUAAAUGUAAAGAUUUAAACGAAGUUCGACAGAAAAUGACGAAGGAAACGAAAAAGUCUGCAUGUUAUUAUCAAGUUCGUCUCUGGACAAUGAGUCAUAUUGGCUUAGUUGAUAGAUUAGGAUUAGACCCGAAAAAUUAUGGAUGGACAAUUGAUACAAAAACUGCCUUUCGCCAAAAUUCACCAAUAAGACGCCCAUUCCAGAUGAAAUACGAAAAGUUAUUAGCCUAUUUUGUACAGAAAAGAAUUGCAACAAUAGCAAAUGUGCCUUGCACUAACAUUGAGGUCGUAGAGUUGUUAGACGACGCUGAAGACGACUUAUUAGAGUUUUGUUAA